AUGCACGUGCUAAAGUUUACACUUCUAAUCUGCGCGUUUGCCGGAUGUUGGCAACCGUCUUCGUGGACUGCAAUAUAUAAACACAUAAUUUACAAAACGUACUCGCUGUUUCUCGUUUCCUCGUUAUAUUUAUUUUCAACGUCUCAAUUUAUGAACAUCGUGCUGAACGUUGAGAAUUCUGACGAGUUCAUCGAUUCUUUAUACAUGAUGUUAACCGUAUUCGUCGCAGGUUACAAGCAAGUUUACAUGUGGAUAGAUCGCAAAAAUGUCAUGAUGAUAAUUAAUGUGCUUGAAAAAAAACCUUUUGCACCGUGUGAAGCGCGGGAAGAAAUAAUCCAACAAAAAUUUGAAAGACUGAUCCGAAGGAGCACGUUGCGAUAUUUGAUUAUCGUUCUAGGUGCAAUCAUAUCGGUGAUUGCAACGUCUGUUUUUCUGGAAUUCAAGAAAAGAAACUUGACAUACAAAGCAUGGAUUCCGUUCGAUUAUUCGAAUUUCGUUGUAUACUUUCUUAUAUACUCUUACCAAUUAGUAGGCAUGGCAACUUCCGGUAUAGUGAACGUCGCUUGUGAGAGCGUAAUUAGCGGACUGUUGCUGCAUAUCUGCUGUCAGCUCGAAAUUUUGGAGUAUCGAUUGACAAAAUUGACGCAUAGUGAAAAUAUUUUACCCGAUUGUAUUCGUCACCAUAAUCUUAUUUUUGAAUAUGCGUGCACAGUGAAUAACAUGUUUGCAAAAAUAAUCGCCCUCCAGUUUGCAGUGAGCAUGUUGGUAGUGUGUUCAAACAUGUAUCGAAUAGCGAUGGCAACGGAUUUUGCGACCAUUAUCUCAUUAUUGGUAUAUACGAGUGCGAUAUUGACGCAAAUUUUCAUUUACUGCUGGUUUGGAAACGAAGUCAAGUUAAAAAGUGUACACUUGAUGAGUGGUAUUUAUAAUAUGGAAUGGCCAACGCUUAGUAAUAACAACAAGAGAAAUCUUCUAAUCAUUAUGAAACGCUCGUUAACUCCCAUUGAAUUUAGUAGUGUAUACAUACUUACGCUGAAUCUCGAGUCGUUUGUAAGUUUACUUAAAAUGUCAUAUUCGAUGUAUAACGUUCUACAUCAAACGCAAGAAUAA